AUGGCCCCUAGCAAAUCAUCCACAAAUGCACGUGGUGGCUUGCACAUGGAGGGCCCGCCUCACAAGCGCCGGAAGACAUCACAAGUAAUGACAGCUGGAGCCGGCUUCUCUUGCUUCACGCUCGAUGGCAAUGACUGUUCGGGCGACGACCCGUGCAAGACCUGUAUCACUGCUGCGCGAGCCGCUGCCAACUCGAAGGCGCUCCAGUGGAUGGAAUGUAUCAGGCCAUCUUUUCAAGCAAUCAACAUAUUCAGUGAGGGUGUUACCACGCUACCCCAGCAUCGCAUCGAUAGCAUCAUAGACCAUCUUUCAAUUGACGACGUGUAUCUGGACUUUCACAUACCUUUUGCCCUGAACGUGGACGCGGCCUCAUCUCACCUUGCUCGAUGGCUCGCGGAGGACGAUGCCUCCCCUUCCCUCAGCGUCAUUGGGGUCUUCUCUUGCAGCUCGAACACGAAUCUGCUGCAUAAUGCCCUUGACCCUAAUCUAGCCAGAUAUUUACGCCUCUUCGUCCAUCUGACCACACGCCUCUACACUACCGGAAUGCAAGGCGGCUAUGAACAUUGUACGGACGAAGAGAUACGCUCUGUGCGGGACUGUGUAGGCGACAGAUUGUUGCGGGCGCUGGACCCUCUGGUUCGCCCAAAUGAGAUCGAAGCAUCCGAAGAUAAGCUCGUGAAGCUGCGGUCCUUAUUCCUCCUGCUUCUUGGUACUGUUGUAGGUAUGAGGUACACCUGCUCAGACGUAUUCGAUCAGACAGCCACUCGAUGGAGCGAGCAUGAGGCCAAGCAAGAAGCGUUGCUACGUCUCUUAUGCCACUACUUGAUAUACAUUGGGAAGGCAACAGCCCUACUAGAAACCUCAAGCGAAGAGAAGACCCUGCUUGACCGGUGGAGAACACAGUGGAACAAACCUGCAGCUUUCACCUGGAAUUGUGAUCAAGGCCUGGAGAUACACUAUAGGAUCAAGCCUCCAGCCGACUGGAUAGUGUCAUCGUCCGAAGACCAGUCACUCAGCAGCAUUGAUGUUGACCUUUCAGAGUUCAAUGAUGUCACUGCGUUCACCGAAGACGGAGACCUUCUCAAGUGCGCAUCAUGCGGCACACUAUGGUCCGACCUGGACCAGGCCGGACUGUGUCUGAUCUGCCAGAAACCCGAGUACCAAGACGAAGGUUUCACGCAACUUAUAUCCUUCGAAAGCGACUUCGAUCUCCAAACAGAACAAUUGAUUGGUUUUGGACAGCAGCCAGUCCUUGAGAUGACUCCUUGGAGCUUCCAGAACUCAUUGGCCGAAAACAGCGCUAUCCAAGAAGAAACUCUGGGAAUGGACCCUGAAGACGGCAUUGACUUCUUCCCCUUCGAUGUUGACGGUAAUCUGGUAGAAGCAGAAGAGCCGUUUACAACGACUAGCACGGCAUCCUUCCUCGAAGAUGUCGGGUGA